AUGGGCGACGCCACCACUAAGACGCUCUACUGCAUCCGCCACGGGGAGUCCACAUUUAACGAGUGGCGCACACGCAGUCUUUGGAACUUCUCGUGGAUGUGGGUACGCGAUCCCAUGAUCGUGGACGCCCCACUGAGCGCCAAGGGCAAGAAGCAGGCGGCCAAACUCCACGAAUCGAUAGAGGCCGAACACCUCGAGGAUAAAAUUCAAUUGAUCAUCACGAGUCCAUUGACUCGAGCAAUUGAAACGACCAUCGGCGCGUUCCCCGACACGAAGAUCCCCAUCAUAGUGGAGUCCUCGUGUCGAGAGAUGCUGGACACUGCUUGUGAUAUCGGCCGCGUACCAGCCGAGCUGGCGCAGCAGUUCCUCCCUCAAGCAGAUAUUGAUUUUUCACAACUAGACCCUUUCUGGUGGUUAGAAAUGGAAAAAUUCCCACGGACGGGUCCAGGCAAUGCACCUCCUGCCAACAUUGUGACGCCUAAAACACCGGACGAAGUGCUACCACUACGAGAAGCAAAGGACGAACUGGAUGCAAGGAUCGGGGCCUUUGUAGCUAAACUGGCGGAGAGACCGGAGCAGCACAUCGCUGUAGUGGGCCACUCUUCAUUUUUCAAGCGCAUGCUGGCGAUGAACCGUAAACUACACAACUGCGAGCUGUACGAGACUUCGCUUGGCGACAUCCAACUCCGCUACACGUAG